AUGAACAUCAAACUUCGUCUUCUCCAGCCUAUUCGAAACAUCAUCUACGUUUUCAAACUACAACCGGUCGAUGUGAAGCAGAUUGACAUUUCGGAGUCGAAGCUGAAGGGCCAACACCACAACUUCGUGUAG